AUGACGCGAGACAAGACAGGAAAAGAUCAUAAUGGGUCCGAUUCAUGGAUUUAUAGACCUGGCCCUUCCAACCAUUUCAGGUCGCCCUUCAGCACUACUUUCGCUACUGGGCCUUCUAUCUCGUCUUAUCCGGCGUUGUUGGCCCUGCCUGACUCGUUGUUCCAGCUUAUUCGGGCUUCGUCAUCCAUGCCACAUCUACCUCUACCCUCUGGGAAUUUGGAUGGCUGGGAAACACCACUUUCGCUGUGGCUCUAUUCGAGGUCUUUAGCAUCUACUAGUUAUCCUGCACAGUGCUUGUCUGGUCCAACCAUGACACCUAUUCGGACUGUAGAGGAACUGCAGUUGGUUUGGUUUUGCGCUUUGCUCCUUGGUCGCAAGUGCGCGGCACUCUUUAAUGCUGCGCUACUUCUUUCGGAGACACUGCCUGAAGACCGUCAUGCUACUUUAGAUGCAGCAUUCGAAAUGUUUCAGAAGCGUGUUGGUAGACCGGUGCCCGAAGGACAUUUCCCUCACAUCAAUACUUAUAUAUGUUCUCGUCUUCAUGCGGAACUACUACAUGGGAAAGCCCGUCUGCGCAACAAGUAUGGUGUCAAGUUCUCCUGGAGUAGACAUAAACAACGGAAUACGAAAAAAUGGUAUAGGAAUCGGACCUGCUGCGCGGAUGCGUCAGCCCUCACCCCACUAGUCGAUAAAAUAGCGGCUGUAGACAUUUCUCUACACUCAGGGUCACAUUUAAUAGGAAUGACGGUGGACAGCAUGGACAUCAUACCGAAGGCACUGAUCCAGAACGUCAUCCUUCAGGAUGCAGCAGCUGCAGAAGAUUUCCAGGGGGGUCAAUGUCGCCAACUGGACCGAGCACUGCAUAACGCAGUGGCCUCAGAAUCUUCGCGUCAACAGUGGCUCUCUCUGGCAGGAAAUUUGCCGUCGGAAACGAGGUCUUGGGUAGCGGUCAAUGAGAGAGGAGAAUUUUUGCGGAUACAAGCCGGCGCAGCCGGUUCUUGUCGAAGUCCCGGGACAACGAGGGUCCUACGGGAUUUCAUGACAUGCAAGUACAACAAUGAUGAUCGUAAGGAAGCAAAUAUCACCCCUGCGACCUUGCUUCGAUAG